AUGAGGGCGGCAGAGAAAUCCCGCUACCGGGGUCUUCUUCCAGUGCAAAGAGAGCUUCAGAUGGAGACACGCAACCGACAUAGACUCCUAAGAACCGAAAGGUCCGGAAUCGGCCACGGGGAGGCUCGAGUGCUGGGGGCAAUAGACGCGAGCCAGAGGCAAGCGUUGCUACUGAACCUGAACGAUCGGCUGCGGAGGAUUCGGACCUAUACGAUCCAACGCCAGGCAUUGACCGUCGAACUGGCGUCCGUCUAA